AAAACCUCACCCUUUCACCCACUUAUCUGCUCAACAACACUCUUCACCUAUCCACUUCCUCUCCUUCAACCCUCCCUCAUGGCUAACGACGAACUCACCGAGUCAAAGCAAGACCCGAGUCAACAAUCACCCAAUGCGAAUGAAGAAAAUGGCUCAGACUCCGACUCAGACUCAUCAUCCCAAUCCUCCGGCGACGACUUCUACAUCUCCGAGUCGGAGAACGAAGCAAAAGGGGAAGAAGAAGAAGAAGAAGACAACAGCAUCCUCAAUUACGUUCGACCAAGCGACAUCCCCCCCGACCCAAACGCGAACCCAGAAACCAACAUCCGCCGGUUCAAUCGAGUACUCGACGGGAAGCGAGUGAAGCGUAUGGAGGAAGAGGAAGAAGACAACUACACAUUCUACGAGGAUCUAUUCGAUUUCCCUAGAGACCCAGAACGGUGGAAAGAAGAAGAUCUUAGGGAGAUUUGGGCUGAUGGUCCAUUGGAUAUGACUAAACCUGGUUGGGAUCCUGUUUGGGCUGAUGAAGAUGAUUGGGAUGUUGUUAACGAUGAGAUUGAAGAAGGUCGAGAUCCUGAGAUUCAACCUUUCUAUGUUCCUUAUAGGAAACCUUAUCCAGCGAUUCCGGAUAACCAUUUUGAUAUUGAGAAUGCUAAAGGUGUUGUUGAGGAGCUUGAUAGGAUUGAAGAGUUUCUUCAAUGGGUCAGCUAUAUUUUCCCUGAUGGAAGCUCGUAUGAAGGUACAGUCUGGGAUGACUUGGCUCAAGGAAAAGGUGUUUAUAUUGCUGAAGAUGGGCUUGUGAGGUAUGAGGGUGAGUGGCUUCAGAAUGACAUGGAUGGUCAUGGGGUUGUAGAAGUUGAUAUUCCUGAUAUUGAGCCUAUGCCAGGUUCCAAGCUUGAAGCUAAGAUGCGUGCAGAAGGAAGGAUUAUCAAGAGAGAUUAUAUGAGUCCAGAAGACAGAAAGUGGUUGGAAAUGGAUGUUGAGGACAGUGUUGCACUUACUAAUGGGAAUUUCCAAGUUCCUUUCUAUGAAAACGAAGAGUGGGUCAACCAGUUUGGCGAGAAACCGGAGAAAGGUCGAUAUCGCUAUGCUGGUCAAUGGAAGCACAGUCGAAUGCAUGGGUGUGGUGUCUAUGAAGUUAAUGAACGCAUCCUAUAUGGUAGAUUCUACUUUGGGGAGCUAUUGGAGGAGGAGCAUGGCUGUACCGUAGAUAUUUGUGCGCUGCAUUCUGGUUUGGCGGAGGUGGCCGCAGCUAAGGCUCGAAUGUUUGUAAACAAACCUGACGGAAUGAUUAGGGAAGAAAGGGGUCCAUAUGGUGAUCCUCAACAUCCAUAUUUUUAUGAAGAAGAGGAUGUUUGGAUGGCGCCAGGUUUCAUUAACCAAUUUUAUGAUGUCCCUGAGUAUUGGGAAACCUACGUAGAUGAGGUGGAUCAAGAAAGGGAAAUGUGGUUGAACUCUUUUUACAAAGCUCCUUUGAGGCUACCAAUGCCCGCUGAGCUCGAACAUUGGUGGAAAAAUGUGGAGGUGACACCGGAGUUUGUCUUACUGAACAAAGAACCUGAACCUGAUCCUGAAGAUCCUUCCAAACUUGUUCAAACGGAGGACCCUGUUAUUUUGCAUACGCCAACAGGUCGGAUAAUAAACUAUGUCGAGGAUGAAAAGCAUGGCAUUCGAUUAUUUUGGCAACCUACUGUGGAGGAAGGAGGGGAAGAAGUGGAUCUUUCAAAAGUUGAGUUUUUGCCACUUGGUUUCGACGAGUUCUAUGGGAAAGAAGUGGCAGUGAAAAAGGAACACCCGAUAAAAAGAUUCAUACUUGGAAUCGAGAAAUCGGUGAAGCCGAUGAUUGACGGGUUAGAGAAAUGGACAGAAGAGAAAAAGAAAACAAAUGAAGAGAGAAAGGAGAUGAUACAGAAGGAGCUUGAGUUAGUAGAGGCUGAGAUUUGCUUAGAGGAAGCUAUAGAGGAUAUGGAUGAAGAAUUGAAGCUGAAAGAACAAGAAGAGGAAAAAAAAACUGAAAUGGGUUUGACCGAAGACGAUGAUUUUGUCCCGGUUCAAAAAGAAGAGAAAGUUGUCACUGUCAAAGAGAAGAUACAAGAGAAGAAACCGGAAGAGAAAUACAAAGAUGAUGAUGAUGAGGAUGAUGAUGAUGGUGAAGGCGGAGAAGAUGAUGACGACGAUGAUGAUGAUGAUGAUCUUGGGCCAUCAAGUUUUGGAUCUGCAGACAAGGGAAGAAGGAAUUCUCCCUUUUCUUCAUCCUCAUUGUCUUUUGCUUCUUGUACCCUCUUUCCCGCGGUACAAUCAAGACUAGAAAGAUCGUUUCUAGCAUGGAAGCAACAUAGAGCAGAACCAUCAAAAGCGAAACCAGGAAUCAUCAAAGGAGCAGAAAACACAUCAGCUUCAAUCCAUUUCCCUCCAUUGCCAAGAAACAAACCCGGACUGAAGAUGGCAAAGGCAUCAUCAAACCGAGGUUGUAUCCAGAGAAGCAACGGAAGCUCAAGAUCUCAGUCUCAGCUAAUGUCUCUCUCACGACAACUAUCUUGCAAUGCAUCAUCAUCAUCUUCUUCUCCUCCUGAUAACAACAACAGCUCCAAUGAAGACCUCAGAGAUUCCGGAAUCUGGAAAACACCGGUUGGGGAAAUGAGCGCGGUUUUGUCGCUCCAAAUCCAUACAAAAUGUUGUGAUAUGUUUGCAGAGACUCCUCCAGCCUUCUUCCAGUAGCUUUUAGCUCAGAGUUUCUUCUCUUAUGUACCCUUUCAGACAUCUUCUUCUUUGGUUGUGGACAAAAUCAUUUGAAUAUUUGUUGUUGUUGUUGUAUUGUCUAAUAAAUAUUUUA